ACCGUCUCAGAGACUCCAAAAGCUUUGACCGGUGCUGUCACUCUGCAGACCAAAGCCAUAAUCAUGUCACUGCGAGACUGCCAGGCGUGGAAGGAUGCUGGGCUCCCACUCUCAACCAUAAGCAAUGAAGCCUGCAAGCUGUUCGAUGCCACCUUGACUCAGUACGUCAAGUGGACCAAUGACAAGAGUCUUGGUGGCAUCGAGGGCUGCCUGUCAAAGCUCAGGGCAGCGGAUCCAACCUUUGCCAUGGGCCUUGCCAUCUCUAACGGCCUUGUGCUCGUUGGCACGGGAACCUCCGUGGCGCUGGACAAAGACCUGGCCCUGGCUGUGAAGACCAUGGUGGAGCUUUCCCAAACCCAGACUCUGACACCUCGGGAGCAGCUGCAUGUGUCUGCGGUGGAGAUGUUUGCCAAGGGGAACUUCCCCAGAGCCUGUGAUCUCUGGGAACAGAUCCUCCGGGACCACCCGACAGACAUGUUGGCCCUGAAGUUUUCCCACGAUGCCUACUUCUACCUGGGCUACCAGGAGCAGAUGCGGGAUUCUGUGGCUCGAGUUUACCCCUUUUGGACGCCUGACAUCCCUCUUAACAGUUAUGUGAAAGGCAUCUAUUCUUUCGGACUGAUGGAAACCAACUUCUAUGACCAGGCACAAAAGCUUGCCAAAGAGGCUUUAUCUAUUGAGCCGACAGACGCGUGGUCAGUGCACACUGUGGCCCACGUACAUGAAAUGAGAGCCGAGAUCAAGGACGGGCUGGAGUUCAUGCAGCAAUCGGAAGGCCACUGGAAGGACUCUGAUAUGCUUGCUUGCCACAAUUACUGGCACUGGGCCCUGUACUUGAUUGAAAAGGGAGACUAUGAGGCCGCGCUAACCAUCUACGACAGCCACAUCCUCCCCAGCCUGCAGGCCAGUGGUGCCAUGCUGGACGUGGUGGACAGCUGUUCCAUGCUCUACCGUCUUCAGAUGGAAGGGGUGCCCCUUGGCCAGCGGUGGCAGAAUGUUCUACCUGUGACCCAGAAGCAUACCCGAGACCACAUCCUCCUGUUCAACGAUGCUCACUUCCUGAUGGCCUCGCUGGGUGCACAGGACCUCCAGAUCACCCGGGAGCUGCUGACCACCCUGCAGGAGGCCAGCAAGUCUCCAGGGGAGAAUUGCCAGCACCAGUUGGCAAAAGACGUUGGGCUGCCCCUGUGCCAGGCCCUCGUGGAGGCUGAGAACGGAAACCCUGACCGAGUCUUAGAACUCCUCUUGCCAAUCCGAUACCGAAUUGUCCAGAUUGGGGGCAGCAACGCCCAGAGAGAUGUCUUCAACCAGCUGCUGAUUCACGCUGCCAUGACCUGCACCUCCAGUGUCCACAAGAAUGUGGCCCGGAGCCUUCUGAUGGAGCGUGACGCCUUGAAACCCAACUCACCCCUGACGGAGCGGCUGAUCCGAAGGGCGGCCGCUGUCCAUCUUAUGCAGUAGAAACCGCCAGGUCCUUAGCCUACAGCUCAACACUGACCUCCUGGUGUGAGGCUGACUGCCUCGUUGGGUUAGGGUAGGGUUAGGAAACAGCUGGGUCUGUUUAUCAGAGGUUAAAGUUCAGUCCUGAGCAGAAUUCUCCAAAUCAGUAGUUUGUUCAAAAUAGGGAACCCAAGUUAAUUUUGAGUGAUGUUCAGAAUUCCUCUCAGGGCCAACAUGCAUUUUUAAGCCUCCAGAACCAAAGCAUGGCUAUCAUUUUCAGGUGCCUUGAACAUUGUAUUUUCUUGUUCUGAAGCCGGCAGGCAGUGAAGAGAUGUGGCCAGGUCAGCUGAGAGGUCUAGAAGUCUGUGUGUGUGCACGUGUGCGUGCACAUGCGCACGCGUGCGCACACACACACACUGCACUAGUGAAACCUUUCCAUUUAGUUUUCCUUAUAUUCUGCACAGGUCCUACUGUCCCAUUUCCCUGGGGAGGAUUCCAGAGAGCUGCCUGGGGUCCCAGUGAGCAGGGGCAUUUCCUUUCUGGGGGAGAAUAUCUGUCUCGUUGGCUUUGGUUGUCAGCCCCAGACAACUGCACCUGCCACCGUCCCCAGAGACGAGGGGAAGGAUCCCUUCUGCCUCCCUGGGGGACUUGGUGGUGCCAACUGGAGCUUCUCUUUAGACUUCACUUGGGAGUAAAUCUUGAGGGAUGUGGCU